AUCCAGCAUUCCUUUCCUCAUUUAGCCCUACUACCUUAGACCAUACUCACAUCAUUGAUCAUAGCACCGCUUUCCCGGGUUCCUCUUCCGCAGCCAGUCGUAAUCACAACCUUUUAUUCGGCCCUGCAUACAUAUCUCAAACUCCUGGAUGAUCUUAUCCUUGUGUCCGUGUCACUCUGGGCGCGUCUCUUUCUCUGGGGGAGAUACCUAUAGUCCAGUCGAUACAUAAUUUGUGUCUCUGUCCCCUUUCUCCUUCAGCCCGAUUUUUUCGCUUCCAGGUCUUCCUUCGCCAUUGGGUCGGUUCUGCCAUGUUUUUCUCAGAUAUACGAGAUCUCAACCACACGUGAUCAUCACUACCGGACCACCCUUUCCAAAUCGAACCUAGCUCCUUUGAAGUCGGCGCAUACACACGCAUAUAAUAUUGGGCAUCUUAGUUUUCAGUAGUGGAAUAGGUUGAGGUUGGACCGUACGAAAACCAGGGAUAAGAGACGCCGGGAUGGUUCACCUACGGCUCCUUCGACCACUCGUGGUCGUUUCCAGUUUAGUUCCGUUAGCCUUGGCCGAUUACCCUGAGGUUAACAGCGAUCAGUGUAACUGCUAUCUCACCAACGGAAGUAGCGGCCACUACUUUACAACUCACAAAUUCUUCGAUUUCCGAGACAAGUCAGAUGUCGCCGGAGUGCCAGCUCUCAUUCCUGACCCCGAGGAGAGCGGUGAAUCGGGGGUGUCCAGCGAGUACUUUUCUUCCGACGAGUGGUCAGACUAUUGGACAUUACAAAGUUGGAAUAACUCUGCCUCAUUAAGAAGCAACGAGAGCGAUUCUUCUGUAUUAAUGAUUCAUUCGCUAAACAAUGUCUAUAUCGAGGAGAAUAGGGACCCCGAUGCCGAUUCACAAACAUUCCUAACCCUACGGACGGCUCGUCUAAGGGACUAUCAGUCAUCAUGCGAGUUCGAGUCUGCUAUUCGUGAUUAUCACUUCCUAUCAGUAAGAAUGUACGCAAGAACGUUAGGCGCGCCGGGUGCCGUGACAGCAAUGUUCACAUAUAAGGAUCCGAGCGGCGAUGCAACACUGGCUACGGUACAGGAAUCCGAUCUAGAAAUCAGGACAGUCGACCCACCUGAUCACAUUCAAUAUACAAACCAGCCCUCGUAUAGUUCGAUGGGCCUCAGUGUUCAGGAUGCCACCCGCAAUGUCACUAUCCCGAAUAAAAGAGACUGGACGAAUUGGGCGGCGUAUCGAAUGGAUUGGACCCCGGAUGACACGACUUGGUACAUAGAUGGUGAUCAAGUAGCCUCCAUCUCCUUCCAGACGCCCCGUGAUCCUAGCAUGGUCAUAUUUAACGCGUGGUCAGACGGCGGAUCUUGGACUGGCAACAUGAGUGUAGGGACGGAAGCCCGUCUCCAGGUCCAAUGGAUCGAACUCGUCUAUAAUACGACCGGCGAGGCUCCGCAUAAGCGCGAUCUGAACGACAUGCCGGGAUAUUUCGAAAAGAGAGGUGAUGAUUCCUGCGCCAACAUCUGUAGUAUCGACCAGACGACGAAGACAGGAACCGUGGUUUUGUUGCAAGGUGGCGCGUCAAGAAUGCUAGGCCAGGACGGAGUUUUCGGCGGAAUUUGCUUUUGGGUUUCUAUUUUAGCUAUGGCGUUGGCCUUUUGGUAAAUGGCGGCUAGCCUCGGAGUCUUUUAAAAGUAGCAGAACUUGGGCCUAUCGAUUUUGAUACCCUAGAUGCCCAUUCUCUUGAACCUAGAGUUGUAAUAAGUUGUUAGUUAAUAUCAGAAUG